AUGUGGAUGGCCGGAAGUGAGAGCCGGCGUAAUGAUGGACUUCCGCCGGAAGACAAUCACUUCUGUACCGCUCCUCCGGAGAACAACAUCCCGGUCAUUCUGGCCAUGCUGGGAGUCUGGUACAUCAACUUCUAUGGGUGCGAGACUCACGCCCUGCUGCCGUAUGACCAGUACAUGCACCGAUUUGCCGCUUACUUCCAGCAGGGAGACAUGGAGUCUAAAGGGAAAUACAUCACAAAGACUGGUGCGCGUGUGAAUUACAGCACUGGGCCUGUUGUGUGGGAAGAGCCUGGAACUAAUGGCCAGCACACGUUCUAUCAGCUCAUACACCAAGGGACCCGAAUAAUCCCUUGUGACUUCCUCAUCCCAAUACAGACUCAGAAUCUCAUCCGGAACGAGCUGCAUCACAAGAUCCUCUUGGCCAACUUCCUGGCACAGACGGAGGCUCUCAUGAAGGGCAUAUUCACAGAAGAAGCCAAGGCAGAACUGCAGGCCUCUGGUCUGAGUGGAGAGGCGCUGGAUAAGUUGCUGCCACACAAGGUAAGUGCCGUAUGCAGCCCAGGACACCCCACUUGCUGGGAUGGGAAAAUAUCUCUAUGUUUACUAACCUAG